UAUCCAAAUAAAAUCCAAGAAGACCAAACCAAUCUAGCAUAUAUGUAUCAUUAAACUUCAAUUGAAAUAUUGAAUGCAACUACCAAAUCACUUCACCACAGCAGCCGAUAGGAAAAUUAACAAGAUAAAGUUGAUUUAAUGAUUCAAUGCAUGUAUAGCUUCAGUCUUCAAAGCCUACCUUCAAUAACUCCUCUGUCAGUCAUUUUUUUUCUCCAAAAAUUCGUUUGGGCAAAUUUUGAUUGUUUUGAGGCAAUUUUUUUUCUUUUGGGCAAAAGAUUUGAUUUGAUACGAAGUACCAACAUGCCUGCUGACAACAAUAGAACCCCAACCACUUUAAGUGGGAAAAGGAAGAGAGAACACGAAGAGGCCACAUCCGCGGUGAGUAAAUUUAUGUUUUUGCCUUAGAAGUACCAUUGUUGAAAUUUUUGUUUUUGGUGAGGUGUUAUUGAUUGGUUGUUGUGUGAAUUGAAAUUUCAUGUUCUUAUUGAUUGGCAGUGGUGAUUGUAGUUUUUAAUAUUGUUCUAUGAUUGAUAAUUGAUAAUCUGCAGUUGUUGAUGAAUUGUGUUAUGGCAUUUCAUUGUUGUCGUUGGUUGUUUUUUUUUUUUUUUUUUUUUUUUUUUGGCUGGUGAUAAUUUGGAGGUUUGGUAUUGUUAAUGGUUGUUGUUGGUAGGGAUUUUUGGUUUGGUUAGUUAGUGUUGAUUGGUAUAAGCAUUGUUUGAAUGAUUUUGUUCCUUUCUUUCUAGCUACGCCCAACACAAAAAUGAAUACGGAAACGAAGACGAAGUGCUUCAACCGGUGACCUUUCAAAAGUAAGUUUGGAAUAAUUCCUAAAUGAGUCCAUAUUUUAAUAAAUGAGUCCAUCUAUUUGAAAAGUGAUAUAUUUCUAGUGUAAAUGGCUUGGGAUUCUUCUUGGGAUGAAGCCUUUGUGAGUGUCCUCGAUGAAAUAUGUGCCAAAGGACAUUAUGGUAUUCGCAAAUCACAGAUGUGGUCUGAAGAAUUCUGGAGAAGAUUCGCCUUUCGAUUUGGUCAAAAUAUUGCUAAUCACCAAAUCACGUCUGAGCAGUGCCAAGAGCAGGGUAUGCUGCUCCGAAAUGUUAACCGUACAUAUGAGAGGCCAGACCAAUCAGAGGCCAACAAGCAGGGUGUAGUGCUCUCCCCAAUCAACCCUAAGCAUAGUGAAGUUUUCUCCACAAUCAACCCUAAUGCGGCUAAUCAAAGAACUUUUUUUUAAUUAGUUUUCUAUUUUGAGUAUUUGGGCUCUUUUUUUUAUUUUAAAUUUAGUACUUUUUAACUUUUAUUAACAUCAUUGAGAAUUAUUGUGAAUAAUGAAUGAUAUAAUAUGUGCAUGCUUUAGUUUGCUAAUUAAGAACUCGACAUUUCUAAGUUUUUUAUAUGCAUGCUUGAAGUAUGUUGUGAUAUUGUAGAACUAUGUGGAUCUACAAUGAUAUUAUAGACCCAAGUGGAUCUAGAGGGUUAGGGUAGACCCGUGUGGAUCUACAGUAGGGUAGAACUACGUGGAUCUACGGUGAUAUCGUAGAACUACGUGGAUCUACAGAAAGGAACUGAACU